AUGGUGCAAGUGACUCCCUUGCUCCUGAUGCUCAGCCUGGCCCUGGUGACUCCCAGUCUCUCCUCAAGACAGUGCGUGCUGACCGGGAAGUGGACCAACGACCUGGGCUCCAGCAUGACCAUCGGGGCCGUGAAUGGAAAAGGCGAGUUCACUGGCUCCUACCAUACAGCUGUGACAGCCACCACAAACGAGCCCACGGUGUCACCACUGCAGGGGUCCCAGCACCGUACGAACCAGAAGGGCCAGCCCACCUUCGGCUUCACUGUCAACUGGAACUUUUCAGACUCCAUCACCGUCUUCACGGGCCAGUGCUUUGUGGACAAGAAUGGAAAGGAGGUUUUGAAGACCAUGUGGCUCCUGCGCUCACGUGUGGAGAACAUGAAGGACGACUGGAAAGCCACCAGGGUCGGCACCAACGUCUUCGUCCGCCUGCAGCCGCAGAAGGAGUGA